AUGACGCCUACACCGCCAUCUACAACCUCAUCCAGCGCAGAGUACCACUUUCGUGUGCGCCAUGUCGACACAGGAAUAGGGACUCGGAAAAAGACCUCACCACAACAGAAUGCGCCAACAUCACCAGACGACAUGCAAAAUCGCAUUGACCGCUUGGAAGGGUUGGUUCUAUCGCUGAUGACCAAUGGCUCUCAGUCGUCUGGACGAGCGGCGGCUUUGGCUGCCAUAAACGGAGAGAGUAGUGGUCCAGCCGCUGAGCCAUCGAAUGAAUUGGACCUUGAUGAUGACCACGGGGAAGAGAGUGAUACUGAGCAAGUGACGAAAUCGUUUGGCGUGAUGAAGAUGAUGGACAACAACAAAUCGUACUACAUCAGUGAGGCACAUUGGGCUACUGUACUGAACGAUAUCGCCGAGGUACGGCAAUUCUUCACCUCACAUAAACAGGCAUUCGAAGACCAGGCGAACAAGAUAAAGUCAGUCCAGAAAGAGUCCGAUGUUGUACCACAGUCGACUCUUCUUUUCGGGGUGAUGAAGCCCUUAUCCCGGAGCGAAAUCAUUGCAUCAAUGCCUUCAAAAUACAUGACCGAUCUCUUAGUUGCGCGAUACUUCAACACUUACGACCCUGCAACCCAUAUCCUUCAUGGCCCAACGUUCCAAGCCCAAUACAAUAAGCACUGGGAGGAUCCUAGCCAAACUGAUCUGACAUGGAUUGCCAUGCUUUUCGCCUUGAUGAGGCUGGCCAUGUUGUCAUAUAAGAGAGAAGGCGAUGAGCCUCCAGAGUUCAAGGGCAAAGCAAUGGAUAUGGCUGGGUCUUUUAGGAAUUUAUUCGCCCACUGCGUGACAUUGGCCGACUAUACUAAACCCCAUCCAUUUUUGAUCGAAGCGCUUGUGUUCCACUUGCACGGUGACUUCACUCAAACCCGGGAAGCGGAUGUGUCCGUGUGGGUUUUGGCCGGUGUAAUUGCUCGUCUAGCAAUGCGCAUGGGCUAUCAUCGCGACUCAAAGAUGUUUCCAAAUAUCAGUCCAUUCCAGGGCGAGAUGCGGCGGCGAGUGUGGUCAUUUGUAAGGCUAUCAGACGUGCUAUUUUCAUUUCAGGUUGGCUUGCCAAGUUUGCUACGGGCUGCCGACAUGGAUACGGAACUGCCGCAGAACCUUUACGAUGAUGACUUCGACGAGCACACCAAAGAUAUGCCGGCCCCUCGCCAGUUAAGUGAGCCAACUCCGAUAUCCUAUCUCAUCACCAAGGCUCGCCUGGUUGGUGCGUUUGGCAAAGUGAACGAAUUCGCAUCUUCGGUGAUGACCGCUUCCUACGACAAGGCUAUGGAACUCGACACGGAGCUUCGUCGGGCCCGAGACUUGAUUCCAGACCACUUGCAGAUCCGUCCCAUCGAAGAGUGCCAGUUAGAUCCUGUGCAGCUCAUUAUGUCUCGCUUCUCAGUCCACACCGUCUACCAUAAGGCACAGAUUGUGCUCCACCGCCCCUAUCUCGUCCGCGCCCGCGAGAAUCCCCGUUUCACGUACUCGCGACGGACUUGCAUCGAUUCCGCCAUCGAGCUGCUCGGGUUCCAACGGAUGUUUCACGCAGAAACGCGUCACGGUCGCCUCCGAGGCCGCCAGACUCUAGUGACCUCCCUCAGCUCCGCCGAUUUCCUCCUCGCAGCCACCAUUGCCUGUCUCGACCUGUAUCAGGGAUACCUGCUGCAAGCCGCCGGGCGGCCCUCCGGUGAUACGUACACGUGGGGCCGUGAACGGCGCGACGAGAUGAUCACCGCAGUCCAAGGCUCGAAAGAGAUCUGGGAUGAACUGCGGGAUCAAAGCAUGGAGGCAUGGAAAGCGAGCAACAUCCUGGGCGUGAUGUUGUCCAAGCUACACAACAGUAUCCCGGGCCUUGAAAGCGGCACCGGUGUACCCGAUCUGUUCGAGCCGCAAGACGAGAAGCAGAAUGCGGCAAUGACCUUGGGUCUUUUGAGCAGCGGAAUGAGCCCGAUGAAUCCGGGCCCGUCGCCACUCGGUGAUAAUUUGUUCAAGACGGGAGGUGACCCGACUAUGCCUGCGGGUCUGGGCAACCCGGCCGAAAUGCCUGGUGGCCCUCUCUCACCUUUCAGCAGCAUGUUCGGUGCUAUGCCGGACAUGCAGUCUAAUCUUGACUGGGAUGCCUGGGACACAUACAUUCAAAACCCGACACUUGAUGCUUCCAAUCAGUUUUGGCCUAUGAUGGAUGCUACAGGCCUCCCUCAGGGCGGCACUGCCUCCGACGAGCCUCAUUACGGCUCCUCACAAGCUCCAGAUCGAAUCCAGCCUCAAGGUUACAGGCGCUCUCAAGAUGCCUCCGCCCUCCAAAUCCGAUUGAACUCGGGGAAACAUGCCCCCGAAUCAUCAAACCACCGAGAGACCCGUGAACUCCACGACGAAGAAUUCUCAAGCAAGCCACCGACACCAGAGGAGUCGCUUGUAGAAGAAGGUCUAGAGCCCGAAGAACGACGAGCCCUGGAACGCGACACACCUUCUAAGGAGCGGAUUCGCGCCGGCCAUGCGCGAUCUCAAGCGACACGCAACUCAAACUCAGAAGGCGGAGGCAUUCGAUUCAACCGCCCAAUAGAAACUGUAUACAUUGGAAACUUGUUCUGGGACCUCAAGGCAGAAGAUCUGCGGGCGCACAUGGAGCAGUACGGGACGGUGAUCAGCGCCAUGAUCACGCAUGACAACCGGGGUCUAAGUAAAGGAUUCGGAUACGUUCAGUACAGCACGAUCCAAGAAGCAAGGCUAGCUAUCGAGCGACAAGAUAUGCAGAUGCUUCAUGGCCGCCAGACAGUUGUGCGGUUUGCGCGUACGCAAAUGGAGCAGACGCAAGAUGACCUCAAUGCCAAACCCUCGAGUACCCUCUUCAUUGGCAAUAUCCCAUACGAGCUGACAGACCGGGAUCUGCAAGAUCUCUUCAUCGAUGUAUACAAUUUUACUGACAUUCGCAUUCCGGUGGAUCGGAGAUCGGGGACCCCUCGUGGUUACGCACAUGCUGAGUUCAUAGAUAUCCCAGCGGCUGAAGCUGCCAGGGAAAUCCUGCGUAGGAAGUUCCCGUAUGGGAGGAAGCUGAAGGUGCAAUUUGCUCAUGGCAUCAAAAAGGGCGGUGGUCCAAGCGGGUCGGACUGA